AUGACCUUAGGAAGCGAUUCUAAACAUACUUUCUUGUUGCCGCCAUAUGUCCAGCCUCAAAUAAGUACUCAGAUAACAGAUUCUGAAUGGAAUAGCGCGUUAAAACUUUGGACCGUGUCUCUGUCUCUUCUGCUCAAAUCAGACGACAAGGAAUUCGCCAUUCAAUUAUGUGAAAAUGCUUCUUUGAAGAAAUUUCUCGAGACCUUUAUUCAAAUACGUGCCAAGAUUCACGAGACCACCAGUGAUUCGAUACCUCAACAAGUAACCGAGCUAGAGAAGAAAGUCUUGACAGUACUAUUACGAUCAGCUAAUCGCAGUAUCAAAUAUGAAUCCAUAACUCUUGCGGAAAGUCUCUACAACACGAAACUGUUUUCCGUUCCAUUUUUGUUAGAUUUUGUAAUUGUAUAUGCUAAAUCUAAUCGUGGCUAUUCGAGACAGUUUGUCGAGAAUGUGAUUGACGUUAUACCUGCAUUGCUACACGAUUUUGAGGAAUAUUCGAAUAUUAUAAUUAAUCAUGUUAUAUCUGUACAACAAGUCUGUGAAAAAAUAUCCUCACUGGUAGUAGACCUGAAUGGUGACGCUGAGGUAUUUGGGGCGGCCUUAGAAGAGAUGCGUGACUACAUCUUUUUGAUGAUGGAUAUAGCGAUAACGAUGGAUUGUCUGUUUACGGCAUCAGACACUAUUGCCAAGUUAUUUAUUAAUAGAUCUCACGUUAACGAAGAUGACGAUUUUAUAUCCGUUAUUAGGAACCUAUAUGACGCAACAUUGCCCAUAGCUUUGGGUCUAUUGCAGGAACCCAAUGCAGCAGUUGAGAUUGCGAGAGAUAUCAAUAUAUUGAAGCAAGCCUUAGUUUCAUGUGUAUAUCAUUUACUAUAUGAGUGUUUCUUCGUCCCGUUAGGAUUUACGACCGACGAAGUCGAUACAAUCACAUCGACGUUGGGUAACGGGAAACAAUACAGUGAUGAUGACAAUGCUAAUGUGAUAGUCAAUAGCCUCAAUGAUAUUCUCUUCUCGUUUAUUGAACGUUCAGAGUCGUUUAAACCUGUUCAGGCAUUUGUGGAUGCACCUCUUCUCCUGGAUAUCGAGAUGGAAUUUAAUUUGAGUCAGAAGCUUACAAGAAUAAAAAACGAUAUUCUUCAUGGAUAUCCUUUUGAUAAAACGCGCGAUGUUCAAUAUGGAAUAUUGUCAUUGGAAUCCAUGAGAGAUAUGGUUCAGGAUGCACCUUUAAGGCGUAAAAAAGCUGAGAAAUUUAGGCGACUAUCUAUGCGACCAGUAGUUGGCAUCGCCAACGAAAAACAGCACGAUGUUGUUGAAGAGGAUGUUAGGCGCACAUCACUCAUAUUUCAAGUACGAGAUGUAUUUCCCGAUUUUGGAGAAGGAUUUAUUGAUGCUUGUCUUGGUGCAUUCGGCGACGAUGUUGAGACAGUAAUUCACCGAAUUUUAGAAGAUUCGUUGCCCGAAGAACUUGAUAAAUUAGAUCGAUUUAUGCCACGAAAACCACGAGAACCAUCGCAUUCCAUGCCCGAGAAACGUCCGCUUUCUAGUCAGAGGAAUAUCUUUAAUAAUGACGAGUUUGACGUCAACAUAGGAAAGAAAAAUCGUGGCACUGCUGAAACAUUGUUGGACGAUAAGUCAUUUGUCGAUGCAUACAAGGAUGCCAUAAUUGAAGCAGCGUACAGCGACUACGAGGAUGAAUAUGACGACACUUAUGAUACUAAUGCAAUACUUGUACGAGGAGUGGAUUCACAUAUGCUAGAUGAUUCGGAUGGCGAGCUCAAUGCGUUCGUCAAAUCGCAACCCAAAGGACAUGUUGAUCCUGCCGUUAUGCAUAGCGCUGAAUUAAUCAAGGCCUAUAAAGAGAAUACUUCAGUCUUUGAGAGGACAUCUGCUGCCAGAAAAUCAGACAAAAGAAGGCAACUAAAGAAGAUUACUCAGAUGACCGACGAACAAAUAGAAGGAUGGUUUACCAUGUUCCAGAGAAAUCCGAGGAGGGACAAACUACUUGAAAAGUACGACUGGCACGGUGAACAGGACGAAAUCUCUUCCGCCACUUCUGACGAAGAAGGCUCAUCGACAUCUGCUGGCCCCAGUCAUAGGGGAGGUAAUAGAGGCAGAGACGUAAGAAGAGGCAAGCCACGACCCGGGGGUCACCAGCAUCAGCGAAAAACGACUGAAAAAGGAAAAUCUUCACCUAGCGACUCUGGCACAGAUAAACAACAGGCCCAGCCAGCAUCUCGUGGAUACAGAGGAAACAAAAGCCGGACAGGUCAUCAUGAUCGCAAGAAUGCACGCGCAAAAAAGAUGGGCAGAGCGUUUGGACCUAUACAAGGAUAA